UACUACAAGGAAAUUUCGCUUACAAGCUCGGAAUUAUUGCGCGUCUAUCGCCGCAGCUGCCAGGCCGUCUGUUUUCCGAGUUCUCAUCGCCGCAUGAGCGAGCGACAAGCCAAGUUCAGCCCCCUGUUCUGAUACGGCCAGUUUGUUCGCGUCGGUAAGCGUGCUCGUUAUCUACCCGGGCAUCGUCGUUAUCUGUGUGCCUCGUAGCUCUGCUGUUUCAGGCACGCGCGUUCCCCUUGCGUAGCCGCAUGUUCCGGUCGGCCGAACGGCGAGCUUCGCGUCAGUUACAGGUCUGUCCAGCAAUUAAGCCGCCAUGGCGUGCAGCGUUGCGUUCUUCUGUCCCGAGUGCCAGGCCCCCAUGGCCAACAACGGGGCCGUGGCGUCGCACUGCCAGCGCGUGCACCGGGACGUGCACACGGUCGCCCGGUGCUGCGGCGAGCUAUUCUUCUCGCGUGGCUCGUACGCGAGCCACUGCGGCUCCCACCACCCGCACGCGUUCGUGUGUGCCCAGUGCAAGACAAACUUCGACAGCGGCGCGCAGCUCAAGAGCCACCAGACGGCCUUCGUCAAGACGUACACCUGCCCAAUGUGCGGCCGGCGCGAGCCGAAGCUGGCGAAGCUGACGAGCCACGUUGAGCGCGCACACGCCGUCAUCCUUGACCAGCGCUACGUGCUCGUCGACGUGCGGCCGCGACGACAAGCGGCCAGCGGCGCCGAGAAGCGGCGCGGCGUGAUGCGCAAGGUGCUGCGCGCGGUGGUGCCCUGCUGCGGGUCGCUGCUACCCGUCGGCGCCGCCCUGGAGCGUUCGUACACGUGCGGCUUCGGCAGCGAGGACGCGUACCGCGAGCCGUUCGUCGACGCGCCCUGUGAACCGGCUGCGCCAGACGACGCGGCGAGCCUCGAGGAGACCGGCGAGAGCGCCGUGCGCUUCUUCGGCCCGCGGUGCUCCCCUGACUCGGGAUUGCCCGUCUUUCGCUAACAAAAGGCACGCCGCCUUAUAUAAACAUUUUGUCACAGUCGUGGCCAUCGUGACGUGCUCUGCAGUGGCGAAUAAAGGACUGCGAUCGGAGAA